AUGUCCGCCUCUCAACCGCGCCCCAAGCGGGCGGGUGAAGACUUCACCCGCACUCAUCACCACGAAGAGGACGACGCGAACGGACCGUCCAAGAAGCCUCGCUUUGAUCUUCGAAACCCGUCUGCUCUUGCUCCUGAUGCGCUUGAGGAAGAUGCAGUCUUAGACGCAGACGAAAUCGGACGUCGCGGCCAACAAGUGCGGCGCAAAGCGGUCAACCUCGACGGUUAUGAUUCGGACAGCGACAACGAAGGGUUUGACGCGCGGAUAGAAGCCAAGGCCAAACAACAGCGACAAAAGCACGAUGCUGAAGAUGACGACAUGUUCGCGGAGCUACAGGAGGAUUUUGGAGCCGAAGACAUCGAUGCCGACGAAGCUCUACGAAAGAAUAAGAAAUCUGUGCGCUUUCUACAAGACGACGAGAUUGAGGGCCAAGAGGCAUCCUCUAAAGGUGGUGGAACCCUGCAUGCAGAUCUCUCCAAGGGUGCCGACGAGAUCGACGAGGAGGGCGAGGAAAGCGAAAGCGAUGUCGCAGAGGAAGACCGUGCUACAGUCGGAGCCGAUAUUGACAAAGAGUUGGGAGCCGGCGCAAAGAAAAAACACGCACCGCUACUGGAUGCCUUCAAUAUGCGCUCCGAACAGGAGGAAGGCCGAUUUGACGACCAGGGGAACUACAUUCGAAAGGCAGCCGACCCAGAUGCCGUUUACGAUUCGUGGCUUGAUGGGGUCUCCAAGAAAGACAUUCGCCGAGCCAAGGAAGCCGCCGAAAAACGCGAGGCUGAGAGAAAGGAAAAAGACCGAAUGAAUGACAGCCUCCUGACUGGCGACAUUAGGGAAGGGAGCUCAGAAAAAGCCCAAAUGGCAGAAUAA